AUGCAUCACGAGCUCUUCUUGGCGCUGUUGGGACAUACGGGCGACGUCGUGGAACGUCGUUCUGACGGUUUCUUUGUGCGGAAAGACGCAUCAUUUUUGUCACAAGCACAGAGUUGUGUAGUGAAUCGCUUGUUACGAUUGGGCUUUUCGUUUUCGAGAUUGGAUCAGUUUGUACGACAGGCGCCACAAUGCCCCAGUGUGUAUCUCCAUGCAUUGGCACAAGCAGUGGAACGGCUGCUGUAUCGUUAUACUGACUCAGUGGUGGAGCUAGAGGCCAAGACACUUAGAUCCAGUGCCGUUUUUCCCAUGUCGAACUUCAUGUUUGAGCUUGAGGAGUUUGUGGAAGUGCUGCCGGAGGUCUGUAAACUUAUGGAGAGAGUUAUAGAGAUAGGAAAAGAGAAACAAGAGGAGCAAGAAGGAUCGAGUAUCAAAGGAGCAAAGCUGCUGGAUAUUGUGCAUCGAAGCACGAACUCUGGUUUCCCAAGAGUGCAGAAAGUGAUGCAAGAAUUACUCUACUUCUGCCAUCGAGUUUUGUUUAAGCAGAUCAUAGCGUGGAUGGUAUAUGGGGAGAUUGUGGAUCCGCACAAGGAGUUUUUCAUCAAGAAAAAGGUGAAUGUAAUGACUACUAAGUCGACUGCUGUGACAGAGAAGGCGUUGUUGGCUGAGGAUAAAAAUGCAACGGCACAACUAUGGCAUCAGCAAUUUGCAAUUGACUUGGAGGCUGUGCCUCUCGAUUACUUUCCGACAUCUUUGGCAGAGAGUGUGUUUAUGAUCGGCAAAGCCGUGCAUAUCUUGACACGAGCAAAUCUGUUUUCCGCACGCGAGGUGCAGAAUAUCACUAAAGUCAUGUCGGAGAUAGCACGAUGUCCUGUGUUUGAUGUUGUGGUAGUCGAACAUGAGGUGGAAAAGGUGCGCCAUCGCGUAGCCAGUAGACUGCAUGAAGAAGUGGUGGUAAAAUCCGACUUUGUUGGAUAUCUGCGCGUCCUGAAAGGGUUCUUUCUGCUGUCUCGUGGAGAGAUAUUUCAGACGUUUAUCGAGCGUAGUUUUGGAAUGAUGCUGGUCAAGCCGACAAUGAAAUCGGAAGAGGAUGUGAAUCAUGUCGUCUGGCAGGAAAUUGUGCAUGACUUAGUACCAGAGGAUGAACCCUGGGGUCGGGACUUUGACAUGCAGCUCCCGCUUCAAACGUUUGGAUUUGUAGGUUUCUCGGCGAGUGAUGGUCUCGUUCUUUUCAAUGUAUUACGAGGACAAAACGGCAAGUUUUUAGCAACGAGCUCGGACACUGUAACGAAUCACGCACAACGAGAACCCAUAGCGGAAGAAAGCAGCACUGUGUGGUGGCGUCAUGCACAGAUGGAUGGCACUUCUUUUUCAUCUGAGUUUUCUUUGCAAUGGGAGCAAAACUCAUUUUGUUCCGGAAGCCAUCGUGCAGCGUUUUUGCUCCAGAAUGAAAGCACAUUAGACUCGGCUACGUUAGUCAAUGGAUCAUUUGAGCUUGACGAUUUGCAUGCUUUCUAUGUGAGCGUCGAUCUUGCUAUCGAACACUUACCAGGCGACACGAAAGGGAUACGUGUGAUGGCUCAAGUGAAACCUUCAUGCGCAGGUGAGAGCGGCAUCCAAUCUUCCCCAGUUAUGAAAGUUUCCAUGGCUGAUAGCAGUACGCCAGUGCUCCGCGUUCGUGUGCAAUAUGCCCGUCAAGAAGUUACACUGCCCUCGUCGAAGCAGGUUAUGUACAAGAAAAUGAUGGCCGUGAUCGUCAAUGAUGUGCUGAUACUUGAGACACAAAUUGACCUUCAGCAAGUAUUAAUGUUGCAAUCUACUGUCGGUGAAUACUUUAUCGGGCUUGCAUUUUCCUCACUCGUACGUCUUACGAGUUGGAGUUUGGAUAAAUACUCGGCCAAGACUUGUUGGCGGGAAGGCAAUAGUGCUGAUCUGAAGGAGAAGAAUCGUGCACUGGCACCACGUGAAUUGUGGAGUGCUCUUCGUUUGUGUUGUACUGUGCGAUGGCCGUUACAAUUGCUCAUCACACCUGACCUAUUGCGCUCAUACGGACACUUGUUCCAGUUCUGUUUUCGGCUGAAACGUGUAGCGCACGCUCUCGAGCUCGCGUGGAAGAGUAGCCCGUUACGAUCGAAGCACACUACUGGAAAAUGUGCAGCAGUGGCUGCCGGUGCACUACGUAUCCGCAUGAGCUUCGUAGUGCGGACACUGGAGCUGUAUUUUCAAGUGUUCGUGAUUGAAAGCAAAUUCCAGACGUGCGUCGAACACAUUGAAUCUGCAAGCGACUUUGAUCGCGCCAAACGCGUGCACGAGACUUUUGUGGCGAGCGUCGUCAAGUGUUGCUAUGUGCACAGCAAGACCGUGGCGUCAGCACUUGAUGACAUGCUGGGCUGCUGCUGGGAAUUUGCCGAGUACGUAUUGUACCUGAACACUAUGGAAGACACUGUCAACGAGUUCUCUGCAGAUCACAUUGCGUUGCUGAGCCAGGACUUUUACCGCCGCUUUGAGUUCCUGUAUAGCGUGUUGUAUGUCUCGGAAGCGCGCGAUUUGCUCUUUCUCCUCGACAGUAAUGGGUUUUUCACAGCAGAACGACAACGCAAGAAACAGCAAUAA